ACGCAGACAAUCCUAAAGCAGCUGCAGAAGCGGAGGCGUUGCUGCUGCUGUUGCUGCUGCUGCUUGCAGCGCGCACGGGGGGGAAAGUCUUGUGCGCGCAAACGCGCCCUGGCGCUUUGGAGAGGCGAUGGCAACGGCGGCCUCCUGCCCGCCUCCUCUGGUGCAAAGGGAUCCUCAGCAGUGAUCUCUUUUCUUGGGCUUGGGGUUUCCAGUCUGCUUCAAGAAGGCGAACCCCAGGGUGUGUGAGGAAGAGAGAGAGAGAGAGAGAGAGAGAGAGAGAGAGAGAGAGAGAGAGAGAGAGAAAGAAAAGAAAGAAAGAGAGGCGCGUUGUAACUUUUCCACGCGCGCCCUGUUGCCAAAGAGGAGACCUGCUUUUUCCUUCUCUCUCUCUCUCUCUCUCUCUCUCUCUCUCUCUCGUGGUCCCCCUCCCCGCUGUUGGUUUGCCCUCCUGCAUCCUCGGAGCGAGGGAGGGAGGGAGCAAGGGGCGGGGAGAGAGGAUCAGGAUGACGGGGGUCUUUGACAGCCUCGCCUCAGAUAUGCAUUCCAACCAGAUUACCUCCAGCAGUUACCAUCACCAGCAGCAGCAGCAACAACACCACCACCACAGCUUACACAAACCCCAGGAGUCUCCCACGUUGCCUGUGUCCACCGCCACGGACAGCAGCUACUACACCAACCAGCAACAGCACCACGGAGGAGGAGGAGGAGGAGGAAGCGCCGGGAGCAACGCGGGCAGCGGGUCCCCGUACGCGCAGAUGGGCUCCUACCAGUACCACCCGAGCGGGAUCAGCGCGGUGCCUUACUCCACCAAAGCCGGCAGCUACGACCUGGGGUACUCAGCCUCUUACAGCUCCUAUGCAACCUACGGGGCAAGGACGUCCCCAGUCAGCAACGAUCCUGCCGAGAAAGAAGAAGGCGAGCCCGAGAUCCGGAUAGUCAACGGCAAACCCAAGAAAGUGCGCAAGCCCAGGACCAUCUACUCCAGCUUCCAGCUGGCGGCUCUGCAGCGACGCUUCCAGAAGACCCAGUAUCUGGCCCUGCCCGAGAGAGCCGAGCUGGCAGCCUCCCUAGGCCUCACCCAAACUCAGGUGAAGAUCUGGUUCCAGAACCGCCGUUCCAAGUUCAAGAAGAUGUGGAAAAGCGGCGAGAUCCCCGCCGACCAGCACCCGGGCGGCAGCAGCUCCCCGCCUUGCUCGGCGGCGUCUCCGGCGUCGACCACGCUAGCCUGGGACUUCGCGCCGCACCCGCAGCGGAUGAGCAGCGGGGGCGGAGGCGGCGGGAGCAGCGCUGGAUCCAGCCCCGGCGCCCCGGGCGCGACGGCUGCUUUCCUGGGCAACUACUCGUGGUACCACCAGGCGUCGAGCGCCGCUGCUUCCCACUUGCAAGCCGCCUCCCCGAUCCUGCAGCAAGCGCAGCCUCACCAACACCACCCGCACCUCCACCACCACCACCACCACGGCGCUGCUGUCAGCGCAGGGACGAUUUUCUAACCCGCCCGCGCGUUUGCC